UCGCACCUUUGGCUUCCAGAACGGCACCGGGCCACCUGCAUCCUCCGGUCGAAAGCUUGCUGAGCUGUGCAGCAUGGCACUGGGCGACACGUCACCCCGCACUCCGGGACACUACGCGGCUGGCUUCGCGAUCGGUUUGAAUGAGUCCGUCUAUGACAAUGUGUUUGGUUCGCCUCGUGGAUACACAGAUAGGCGCUGCAUGAACAUUGACUUGGAGCCGGGUAGAGGCUUUCAUCGAGGAGCUCGUAGCCCUUCGCCCACAACCCCUGGGACAAAGUUUGAGAGGUUGCGAUCUCUACAGGAGCUGGGCAAGCCUUUCCUCGACUUCUCCUUGGACGUGGUGCCAAGUCGCAGGCAUUCGCCAGCACCACAGAGACAUGACCCGCGGAAUGAGAUCGUUCAAGCCCUUGAUGCCUAUGAGCACACGGCCAUCCUCGGACGCCGAGUCGUGACUCCUCGCCCUUCAGGUGGAUAUGAGUCAGCAUCUCCUCGUUCACGCCGUGCACGCUCCAGAGGUCCGCCACUGGAGGGUGAUGAGAGUCCAGCCUUGGCCGACUCCAGACCAUUGGCCACCCGGAGGAACAAGGCGAAGGAUGAUCCCAAGAAAGCCAUGGAACAGCGCAUUCGCCGCCUGGACAAAGCUGCUGCCAAGCUUGAAAAGGUGGCCAAGGCGCUUGUGCAGGAAGCACAGAGACAGUCUUUGAAGAAAGCGGCAUGAAGGCAGCCUGCUGCCAAUGAAUUUGCCCUUUGUUGAAGGAACAGGUGGCAGUCGAUGGAUCCGGUGGCAGUGGUGAUGUCAACUUUCCAGUGCACACAAGCAAAACUAGGAAGAUGAAGCC